GGGAAGGUGAAGGUGAUCUCUGAGAAUUACACAACCAGCUAUACCUGCCCAUCUCCUGGCUAUGACUGCCACGUUGCCAUGAGCAGAAGCAACCUACCAUCAAAGACCAGUUGCUGCCAGGCCUUUGAGCAGAGCCAGUACUACGUGUAUGAAGUGUCUGGUGGCAGCACUGCAGAGCGGCCCAGGCAGAUCUGCCCCUACAUCAUCAUUGCCUGCCAGUACAGGGAGCCAAAGGAAAUGCCUGUCUUGGCCAUAGAGAGCCUACCUGAGCUUAACCACGAAGCAUUGUACUGCCCAUGGAGGGGGCAGCUCUCCAUCCAGGGCCAGUUUCUGUGCAGCAUCGCCCUGAGGACCUCACACAGCUCGACGAUCCCAGCCCAGCUACCUCCCAACCUGGACAUUAAGCAUGUUGUGGGUUUGUCUGAAUUAAAGAGAAAGCUACCAGAGGCUGCAUUUGAGAAAAGAAAUUACACUGGGAAUGAAGUUUGCUUUCAGGGUGUUUACUUCAGUCUCUAUGAAGUAGAAAUAUCAAAUAAGGAGCAAUAUAAAAUGGAUCACUUAAUAGAAAAACUCCAGGAGAAGGACUUGGCAAUAAUCAAAUAUUUACAAGAUCAAGGAGUCCUUAUCCUCCUCACGUCCUCCGCCUUGGCACGAGAUGAUGGGUUUGAUCCCAAGGAGCCUGUCAGCCUCCUGGCCCUGUUCCUGUUCACCUCCUCCCGGUCAAUGGGACUGACAGCCGAGGAUGAAUGUAUUAUUCCCUUUAAGAAGUGUUCAGAGGAGUCCUUCUCCCAGCUGCAGAGUUACCUCUCUGAUCCCAGCAGCUACACUCUGGCAUUGUCAACUGCCUUAGAAUGUGUGACUGGUGCUGCUCAGCCUCUUCACUGUGAUUCAGAGGCGGCUGGUAAAACAGACCUGUCUUCACCUCUGCCACCAGAUCUGAUUCUCCUCAACACAGCAGCAGAGGUAGAAGUCAGCAGUGAAAACCCAAAGACCAGCCUGCGGCUGGACCAGAGUAAUGAGACGUCUGCAGAAGAUGUCAGCUCAGCCAGCAAGCUCUGGGUGCAGAGGAGCAGGAAGAAACCCAGGAAAGAGGUUAGAACCAGCACCAAGGAUGAAUUGCCACUCCUCAAGAAGCAAGUGAGAGAAAGCAGCAGAAACAGGAGAGCAGCCAAGGAGAUCAACCUUGCUUCAUCUUAUCCUGAAAAGCCAGGAUUCACAGACAGUUCCGAUGAGCCCACACUUAAAUUAGCCAACAGGCAGUUGCCACGGAGAAGGAAAAGAGGUGCAGAGGUCCUGUCUGCAGAAUUGAUGCACAAAACACAGUCUGGAGCUGUUCAGGAGGAAACUUUAGCUCCUGAUGCUCCUGCCUUGGAAACCAAGAGACCAAAGCUACUGAAGGAGACGGACAUGAGCAACGUUCCUGUUGCUGAGAGCGUCACAAAGCCAGUGAAAAGGAAGGUGUUAAAACAUGCGGCUAAAAGAUCCUCAAAACGUCGAGCCAAGAGGCGAGCAGGAAGUGAGCACCAGGAGCCAUCCUCUGUUCUCCUAAGAGAAGCUUCUUCCCAGCACCAAGAAGUUGACAGCAAAAUGGGUGAGGUUUGCCCAGAUGGGGUUGGUGAUCCUGAUUUCAACCUGAAGGGGAACAGCUACGAGCCCAAUGCCUUGAACUUGCUGGCUGACCUGGCUCUGGGUUCCUGUAGUUCUUUGUUUGUCCCCGUGGACAAUGAGGUGAUGGCCGAGUCCUGCAGCCCCUCCAGUGGCUCUCCAGAGGAGCAGCAAAGUCAUCCCAAGAAUAUAUCCUCAUGUGUUGCUUCCGACCAUGAAUACCACAGGCUGAACCAGCUGGCAAAGGGAGACCCCUCUCUUAGCAAAGCGGUGCCAAACCAGAAGCUUCCUGACUUAAAUGACUUGGCCUCUAUUCCCAGGGAGAAAAACUCCAAGGUUUUCUGUAUGAAGAAGGGAUUAAGGCCCAGGCCAGGAAAACCCCAUGCGUUGCCUCCAAAAGAGACUCCAAAAGCUGCCAAGGUGAACAAGGUGAACAGUAACACCAUCAUCUCUGCUGAGCACUCAUACGCCUCACAGAUGCCCGAGUGCUCAAAGAAACACGUGUAUCCCAAAGGUACCCCCCACCCUGCACCAGCACCCGCUAGAAAUGGGACCAGGAGCACCCGAGGAAGACCCCUGGUUGGGAAGGUGCUGCCCUUCAGGCACCAGCAGAGCAGCAGGCACCCGCAGGCCAUGGCCACGAGGCGCAGGAGCAGCCCCAGGAUGAAGGAGAACUUUGCCAAAAGCCACACAGUGAACAUCUGUGGUGAGUCCAUAAAGGUGACAUGCCACUGGGAUGCGCAGUAUCUCUUCCAUUUGGACAGCAGAUACACCAAUGAUGCCCUGGAGAAGACAGUCAACCGUGCCCUGCAUGGGCCCUGGGACUCUGAUCUCCCUGAAGAUGUGGAAGAGGUGAAGCUGAUACUUCACAUGUGGGUGGCUCUCUUCUACAGCAAACCCAAACUGCUGAGCAGCACGAGGAUUGUGGUGGAGCACAGCAACCCCAAGAAGUAUGUCUCAAUAAACACCACUUGGGACUUCCUUGAGUUAAGUGAUGAUGGUGAGGACUGUUCUGGGUUGGAGAUGUGCCCUGCAGACUCUCGAUCAGACCCGGACCAGACUCCCAGCAGCUCUCUGGAUCACACCACACGUAGCCAGGGUCAGUUCCACCCAGAGCAAAGCCCUGCAGACUCUCAGACUGAUGCUGAUGGGACUCGUGGUGUUGUUGAUAGCACAGUGUCAUCUUCUUCAGGAGAGCUGCCCUGUGGGGAGGAGGAGCCUUCCUCCACAAGCUGUCCUGAGGGCCUUUCCCUGCCUGAGCAUGCCAAGGAGAGCCUGGCUGUGAAAGACAAAGAGCCUGCAGCCGUUCCUGAGGAGCAUGGACAUCACAUCUCAACCAUCACUGAGGAGGAGCCACCCAAGGAGAGACUGAUGGAUGCUACAGUCACCCCCAGCCCUUCUGAAGUAAGCUCCAGAAAUCCAAAGCCUGGUGGAGCCCGGAGGAAAGGGAGGGAAUCGCAGGACCUCUUUGGAUAUUCAGAGGAAGAGGUGGAGGAGGUAGAAGAAGAGAAGGAGGACUCUGAAUAUGAAAGCACGGUGCUGGAGCCUGGCUUUUUGGCAUUCUCUGGAAGCAGUGAUGACAGCAUGGACUGUGACCACAAAAGCCUGGAGCUGGGUGAUGCUGACGGUGUCUCAGAUGGGCUCCUGAGCUCCGAGCAGCUCCCCAGCAAAGUCACACGCAUGGAUUCAACCUUUGAAGAUCUGCCUGAGGCUUCCUCCAGCGACUCCAACCAGGAGACUUCAUGGUCCCCGUUUACAGCCGGAGCUUCCUACAGCAGAUCCCUGGAUGCUGCGGGCACAAGGACUAACUGUGGCUCCCGCUCUGGGAGCUCGGUGCACUCAGCGGGGCGCAGCGAGGACUGCGGCUCACUGGGCACGGAGGGGAGCUGCUCACGGGCUGAGCAUGGCUGGACCAUGAGCCCAGGGGAGACCAGCAACGAGCACGUCCCACCACAUGUCACCAUUAGGGACAGGCGGGGGAUUGCCAAGCACUACAGGAACCUUGUGGUCACCAGGAAGUGCCAGGAGCCUUGGAAGAGGCACAGACACUGUGUGGGGCAGUCUCAUUUGUUACGGUCGCUGUGGGGGACUUGGAGGGGGUUUGAGGGAAUCACCCAGCACACUUUGGACAUGGAGUGCCUCCGUUUCCAUGAUAAGCUAAAACACAUCCUAAGGAAUGGGAAACCACCUUUUUCUACCUCCAAAAGUAUCUUCCCAAAAGACUUUUGUCCCCAGGUGAUGUCUGAGACAUCUCCUGUGCCAGAAGCUCCCAUCCCACGGAGCAGGAGCCCUUUGCAGGUGACAAUCCUGCCCUGGGACCCGUGGCCGAGCGGGCUCGGCUGGCACGAGCCUGGGGACCAGCGCGCCCCGUGGCAGGACGCCCUCUGUGACACGAGGAGCAGGUCCCAAAGCAGGAGCCAGGGCUUCCACCUCAGCAAGCUCAAGUACCACCACAAGCUCAAGGACUCGCAGGGGGACGUUGCCAUCAUCAUUGAUGAGUUCAACAGGAUGAUGCUGAGCAGGGCUGAUAGAGGGGCACAGGGCCAAGAGCAUGUCCUGCUGCACAGGGAGGACACGAGCGAGUGGACGUGUGCGUCCCUCCCCAGGAGGAUGGAGACCUUCGAGGAGAUGAUCACAGACCUGUGCACCUCGCUGCGUUCCCACCUCUGCAGCGUGGCCAAGGAGACCUUGCUGAGGAAAGGAGGACACGUGGAGACCGAGCCCCUGAGCUUCUGCCAAGCGAAGUGCCUGGACACUGACAGGCUGCUCGUGGUCAUCAGGAACAAGGACAUCUCCUCACACAUCCACAGCGUCCCGUGCUUGCUGCAGCUGAAGCACUGUCCCAACGUGGUGUUUGCUGGGGUGGACAGCCCUGAAGAUGUACCAGGUCACACGUACCAGGAGCUGCUCCAUUCUGGUGGUUUCGUGGUGUCAGAUGAGGGCUUGUUGGAAACGGUGACACUGGGCCAACUGAAGGAGGUGGUGGACGUGCUGGAGAUGCUGAACAGAAGUGGGAGGUGGAAGUGGCUCCUUCAUUACAAGGAGAGCAAGAAGCUCAGAGAAGACAUCAGAGUGGACCCCAAUGCCCACAAGAAGCAUUUGAUCCUCAGAGCGUGCCAAGGAGCAGAUCUCAUGGAGGUGCUGCACUACCACACGUGUGACUCGGUGUCAUCCCCCAGCUCUGAGCACAUCAAGUGCUUGUUGAACCUGCAGGUUCAACACAUCAGCGCCAGGUUCGCUGUGUACCUCACAGAAACACCCGAUGUCAGCAGGGAGGUCCUUGAAAGCAAAGGAAUCCUCGUGGCUGAUGUCAACACUUUCCUUGGGAAGGUGCAGAAAGCGGCUGCUCCGUUUAGAAGAAGCUACUGGUAA